UCACGUUCUCCAAUCCUCCCUUUCCUUCCUUCUCCAUGUCUGGAGAAUUUGACGAUGUGCUCACGAACCAGCCUGUUGUUAUCGACAAUGGCUCUGGAACCAUAAAAGCUGGCUUUGCGGGUCAAGACCAUCCCAAAUGUUUCUUCCCGUCGUUUGUAGGUCGACCUAAGCAUGUACGCGUUAUGGCAGGCGCGCUGGAGGGGGAUGUCUUCAUUGGUAGACGCGCACAGGAAUUUAGAGGGUUGCUGAAGAUUAAGUAUCCGAUGGAGCAUGGAGUCGUGACUGAUUGGGAUGAUAUGGAACGGAUAUGGAGCUGGAUAUAUGCUGAGGAAUUAGGGACCUUGAGUGAAGAACAUCCUGUCCUGUUAACUGAAGCACCAUUAAAUCCAAGAAAUAACCGAGAUGUUGCUGCACAGAUCUUCUUCGAUACAUUCAACGUCCCUGCCCUCUACACAUCAGUACAAGCUGUUUUGUCAUUAUACUCCUCAGGGAGAACAACAGGAAUCGUUCUAGACUCAGGAGAUGGUGUCACACAUGCAGUACCUGUCUUCGAGGGCUUUUCAAUGCCUCACGCCAUUCGUCGGGUAGACGUGGCUGGAAGGGAUGUUACCGAGUACUUACAACUGCUACUGCGGAAGUCCGGUAAUCACCUUCACACCACCGCUGAACGAGAAAUCGUCCGCACAAUGAAGGAGAAAUGUUGUUAUGUGGCGUUGAAUCCUGCAAAGGAAGAGAAGGAUUCUGUGGGUCAUCAAGAAGAAUUUAGACUGCCAGAUGGUAACGUAGUCCAGCUUAGUGCAGAACGUUUCCGAGCUCCCGAAAUAUUAUUCAACCCCGAGUUGAUUGGUCAGGAAUACGCAGGCGUUCAUCAAGUGGUUGUAGAUUCGAUUAAUCGAGUGGACCUUGACCUGCGAAAGAGUCUCUUCUCUAAUAUUGUUCUAAGUGGUGGAAGUACGUUAUGCAGAGGCUUCGGUGAUAGGCUACUGAACGAAGUGAAGAAGCUCGCACUCAAGGAUGUAAAGAUUAAGAUAUACGCACCUCCCGAACGGAAAUAUUCCACUUGGAUAGGAGGGUCGAUUCUUGCGGGUUUAAACGCUUUCAAGAAGAUGUGGGUUUCUGCAGAAGAAUACCAAGAAGAUCCGGAUAUCAUUCACAAGAAAGCGGGAUUCUAGCUCGAGACUAGAUGGUUCACUUGUCUUCGUUCGGCCGUUCCGAUAUCACACCUUCUUUUAUGAUACCCGCCACUAUUCAUAUUGAUAACUCAUUAUAAUAUUUCUUUCACUUGAAU